AUAGCGCUCAUUUCAUCGUCAGUUGAUUCUACUGGCUCAUUUGUCAGCCGCGCUAGCCGUUUAUGGAUCACCGCCUGAGGCCGCAACUGAUGUUUUUCUGGGGUUGUACUUCAAUUUAACCCUGAUUCACUAUGGGUGCGCUGUGGUAACUACUUGGUUUCUAUUCACUAAGAAUCGGUGUGUUGGUGGUGACUGUUUGGUGGGCAUUUUGGUAUUCACUGUUCACUCAACUGGUAUAUAUUUUUGCCUCUAGCAGUCAGGAUGUUCACCGCUGCACGUUCAAAGGCUACUCUUUGCAGUGGACCUGUAUUAGUUCAACUGAGGGAGGCCCAUAGUGGCUUCUUUGCUUUCAUUAAGACGGUACAAGAGCUUUUGUUGGAUGAUAGGAACUCCAUACAUUGAUAUUUGUUCAUCCACACAGCAACAAAGGGAGAGGAGUGAACCCGGCCUCAUUAGCUGUCAUCCUUGGUUAUAUAAACCCCUACUAGCUGGAUAUCCUGAUUUAUUAUACUAUCCUUUCCAGUACCCAAACUUCUGGCAGCUGGAAUCCAUCAUGAGAGUCACAACCAUCGUCCGAGACCGUAACUCUAAGCAUGGAGAGAUGGCAGUUGACUUCCGAAUAACUGCUAUAUAUGCAGAGGAUCUGGAAGAAUGGUACCGCAAAGUCCGCGAAGUCACCGAUUCGGUUUCGCAGCACGCAGUGGCCAAAUAUGGCGAUGAUGAGCAUAAGGAGCUCGAAUUUGAAUACAACCGGCAGAGCUUCCGGGUUGAGGAGUCUCUUGACCAUGAGGGUCUUGAACAUAUCAAGGGGAAUGUCUGGUUCACCAGGAUUUCGCCACGGUCAGAGGAGGGUGAAAACGCAUCUUGCUGCCGUCAGGAUGAAACCACCAGGGGUAAACUGUGGAUAUUGAUUGCAGUACUUGGUGUCGUCCCUACUAUUAUUGUUCUGAAUACCCUUAUUGUUAUCAUCUUACUUCGUUCGGCUCUCGGUAUUACCAAUUGUUCCUACAUGAAAUUGCUCUGCGCCGGCGUAACUGCUGGCAAGCACGCUGUCGUACAAAACAACUGA